CAUUUCCACCGUGAAGAUAAAAUAUUUUCCCAGGCAAACAGGGGGGAGAAGAAUGGCGUUCCUUUGCAAGGGUUUUUUAAGAGCAGUAGCUAAAAGAGGUUUAAGUUCUAAAUUUGUUCGAACCCCUUUUAAAUCUCAACGCUCGUUAUCGUCUUUGGAUCCUCUUCCAAACAAGCUGCUUCAGUUGCCCAGCUCAUUAAUCAAGUCUACCCUUGAUUCAGCUACCCGUUUUCCCCAAGAUAAUCCCCACUUUUCCUGGGAUUCCCUCCUUGCCUGUCUCCCCUCUUUGUCAUCUGACAAGGCUCGGCUUGUUUUGGAAUGGAAAUUAGAGAAAAUGUUGAAGGGAAAUGAGAGAGAUUACGAUCAGUAUUUGUAUUUAAUGUCUCUUUGUGCAAAGAUCCGAAAUGCUUCACUGGCAAUGCAUGUGUUUACUUCAAUGGAGAUUCAUGGGAUUAAACCCACAGCUUCCCUUUUCAAUUCCCUUAUACACGCCUGUUUGUCUUCGAAGGAUACGAUUACAGCAUUGAACUUAUUCGAGAUUAUGCAGAGUUCAGAGGAUUAUAAACCAAAUGAUGAGACUUACGAGACCUUCAUAAUUGGGUUUUCGAGUUUAGGAAAUACUGAUGCCAUGAAAAGUUGGUACUCGGCAAAAAAAGAUGCCGGUUAUUGUGCCACUCUUCAAACAUAUGAAUCUCUUGUUUCCGGUUGCAUUAAAGCUAGAGAAUUUGAUGGUGCCGAUAGAUUCUACGAUGAAAUAAAAUCAACCGGAAUAAUGCCUAGUGAGACCAUAUUGGAGAAUUUACUGGAGGGGUUUUGUAGACGCCGGAGAUUCAAUCAAGUUAAAGAGUUCAUCAAAGCUUGUCUAGAAGUUUGGCAGGAAAUUAGUGUCAAGAUGGCUGAGGAGGUUGUCGGUUUAUAUUUGGAACAUGGAAAAUUAGAAGAAAUGGAGGAGCUACUUUCAACUGUAGUGGAGUCAGGUCAGGCUGUCACACUUUUCUCACAGGUGAACUCCGGGAUCAUAAGGAUGUAUGCCGCGUUAAAUCGAUUGGAUGAUGUAGAAUACUCUGUGGGCAGGAUGUUGAAACAAGGAUUAUCUUUCAGAUGCGCCGAUGAUGUUGAGAAGGUUGUCUGCUGUUACUUCAGGGAAGAAGCUUAUGAUAGGCUAGAUCUAUUUUUGGAACAUAUUAAGCGUUCUCAUAAGCUCGCGAAAUCGACUUAUGAUUUGUUGGUUGCGGGGUAUCGAAGAGCUGGGCUUUCUCAGAGAUUAGACACGGUGAUAAAGGAUAUGGAAUUGACUGGAGUUCGGUGAUAACAUCAUAAUUGGAAAACUCAGAUUCUUGCGUUGAUGACACUCGAUUCAUAAGUGAUUUAGGAUGUGCUUCCAGACAAUUAAUGCUGUAUUUGAAACAUGGUUUUCGCAACGCACGGAAAAGAACUGAGCUGACAUUUUUGGGAUCGGUAGGGAAUGUUAUAUGGUGGCUAUCUUUUAGUAGUUUGCUAACAAUAGGGCAGUGUUUGAAGUUGAGUUUUAGUUUUUUUUUUCACAAGAUGUAAAUAAAGACAUGAACAGGAGCAGCUUUAUUGUAGUAAUAGUGUUGUUGACUCAUAACAUCAAACGAAUCAAUUAAAUCUGGAUAAGAGUGAGUUUUAUGAAA